AUGCGCACAGAGGAGGCGCCGCCGCCGCCGCCGCCGCCACCUGCGCCAGGUGGCUCCCCGCCCCAGUCCACCUGCCCGAGGGACUACCUGGCGCAGCUCCGGCGGGGCUCUUGCACUUGGACGCGCCGGCAGGAGGACAUGGCGGGGCCGCUGCCACCUCGCGGGAUGCUCCUCGGCCUCUUGCUGGCCUGCGUCGUAAAAGAGACCAGCGCUCAAAAUGUGUUAUGUGGGGUGCCCGCCCUGGGGCGGAUCGUGGGCGGCACAGAUGCCCAGAGCGGACAGUGGCCCUGGCAGGUUAGCCUUAAUAUCCACGGAACGCAUCAUGUCUGUGGAGGCACCCUCAUCACCCCUGAGUGGGUGAUCACGGCAGCCCACUGCUUUCCCAGCGUGAACCCGAAGGAGAUUUACGACGUGACCCUGGGGGCCUUCCAGCUCAAAAACCCCACGCAGGAGAUGGUAGUGAGGCAGGUGGAGAGGGUCAUCAAACAUCCCGACUAUGUGGAAAACGAAGGGUCUAAAGGGGACAUCGCCCUGGUGAAGCUCAAGCAGCCGGUCGCGUACAGCCGCACCGUCCGGCCCAUCUGCCUUCCCGCCUCUUCUGUCAGCUUCCCCGUCGGCAUGAAGUGCACCGUCACUGGCUGGGGCAAUGUGCUCACAUCUACCAGCCUCCCUUCACCCAAGACCCUGCAGCAGCUAGACGUGCCCAUUCUUGGGACCGACACCUGCCGCUGCCUGUACAGUUUGAACCCUGAUCCUGAGGACCCCCACAUCAUCCACAAUGACAUGAUGUGCGCUGGCCAUGCUGAGGGCAGGAAGGAUGCCUGUCAGGGUGACUCCGGAGGACCCCUGUCCUGCCGCGUAGGCAACGCCUGGCUCCUGGCCGGGGUUGUAAGCUGGGGAGAUGCAUGCGGGGCCCCCAACAGGCCUGGUGUCUAUAUUCGCACCUCGAACUAUGCUGCCUGGAUUAAGAAGAACAUCCCAGAGAUGGAGUUCAGCCAAGCGACUGUCGAUAUGGCGCCCGUGUCCGAGGAGGGCAUGUGCCCCAAUGUUACAGCUGGCCGGCCAGGCCGUUACGAUGAGAUGCAGCCUCAGCCAGGCUGGGCCCGUCCAAUCACCCCUAGACCACCUUCCUCGGAAAACACCGCCUCCUGGGCCCGCCCGGCCAACCUGCCCGUCCUUUUCCUCCUUCUCCUGAGCCUCUGUUACCUCCUAUAAAUUGCACUUCAUAUCUGGGUGACUCCGGGGGACCCUUGUCUUGCCGUGUUAGCGAUACCUGGCUGCUGGCU